AUGUCCUCCUCUCACCCAAGUGGUUCUAGUCUAGAUCCCCACCAGGGUGAGAGUGGUCUAUUGGUAAAGGUGUCCUCCUCUCACCUCAGUGGUUCUAGUCUAGAUCUCCACCAGGGUGAGAGUGGUCUAUUGGUAAAGGUGUCCUCCUCUCACCUCAGUGGUUCUAGUCUAGAUCCCCACCAGGGUGAGAGUGGUCUAUUGGUAAAGGUGUCCUCCUUUCACCAAAGUGGUUCUAGUCUAGAUCCCCUCCAGGGUGAGAGUGGUCUAUUGGUAAAGAUGUCCUCCUCUCACCCAAGUGGUUCUAGUCUAGAUCCCCACCAGGGUGAGAGUGGUCUAUUGGUAAAGGUGUCCUCCUCUCACCUCAGUGGUUCUAGUCUAGAUCCCCACCAGGGUGAGAGUAGUCUACUGGUAAAGAUGUCCUCCUCUCACCCAAGUGGUUCUAGUCUAGAUCCCCACCAGGGUGAGAGUGGUCUACUGGUAAAGGUGUCCUCCUCUCAUCCAAGUGGUUCUAGUCUAGAUCCCCACCAGGGUGAGAGUGGUCUAUUGGUAAAGAUGUCCUCCUCUCACCCAAGUGGUUCUAGUCUAGAUCCCCACCAGGGUGAGAGUGGUCUAUUGGUAAAGGUGUCCUCCUCUCACCCAAGUGGUUCCAGUCUAGAUCCCCACCAGGGUGAGAGUGGUCUAUUGGAAAAGGUGUCCUCCUCUCACACAAGUGGUUCUAGUCUAGAUCCCCACCAGGGUGAGAGUGGUCUAUUGGUAAAGGUGUCCUCCUCUCACCCAAGUGGUUCUAGUCUAGAUCCCCACCAGGCUGAGAGAGGUCUAUUGGCUGAGAGAGGUCUAUUGGUAAAGGUGUCCUCCUCUCACCCAAGUGGUUCUAGUCUAGAUCCCCACCAGGGUGAGAGUGGUCUAUUGGUAAAGGUGUCCUCCUCUCACCCAAGUGGUUCUAGUCUAGAUCCCCACCAGGCUGAGAGAGGUCUAUUGGUAAAGGUGUCCUCCUCUCACCCAAGUGGUUCUAGUCUAGAUCCCCACCAGGGUGAGAGUGGUCUACUGGUAAAGGUGUCCUCCUCUCACCUAAGUGGUUCUAGGUAA